AUGAAGAUACGCUCCUCCCUCAUCUCGGCUUCCAUCCAGGAAGCCGUCUCAGAGCGCGACGCCACAAAGCGUCCCAACAAACUAUUCCGCCUCCUCCUCUGGAUCAUCGGGUUUCUAUCGCUUUUUCGUCUGCGUCUCGCCCGCUACCGACCUGCCGAGUUCCGAGCCCUGCGGAAGCACGUCUGGAAGCUCGACGAAGAUGAGUACAUUGGUUCAUUCCAGCGUGGCGCCGGCGACGGGUCGGCCCUCAAACCAGUCGGUGAUCUCGGCUACAGCGGGUCUACCUUUUUCACCACGGCCAACGCCAAGUACCUAAUCAAGUCACUGCCGCGGCGGUUUGAGCAUCAGUUCUUCACGCACGACCUUUUGGAGCCCUACAUAGGUCACAUGCGUGCCAACCCGCACAGCCUGCUCGUGCGCAUCGCCGACAUGGUCUUUACGCCGCAGGCGACGCUGGGAGGAAUCCUGGGCACGGCACCGACGCACCACAUUGUCAUGGAGAACUUGAUGUACGGCAAGCAAGGCGAUGAGUGGGAGACGUACGACCUCAAACCCAACGACUACUUUUUCCCAGAGCGUGACAUCAUGGAUGGCGCGUUGGUGCCCAACAGCGUGCUGGACAAGUUGGUGGAUGAAUUCAAAGACAAGGUCAAGGUGACGGCUGAACAAAAAGCACAACUCUUGAACGACUUGGAAAAAGACACGGAGUUGCUGGCAAAGAACAAUGCAAUCGACUACUCUCUGUUCCUCGUGAGAUACCCAGCCGACGCGCAGACCUCGGUGAUAUCGUCAGACGCGGACGCGUGGCGGACGGGAAUGAGGGAUCGACAAGAAAAUUGGGUGUAUCGCGUCGUGGUUUUGGACUUUUUCUGGGCAAGACACAAGUUUCGCGCGCGGGCCAUGACGGGGCUUGUCAAACUGUUCAACAAGGUGGCUCACCGAGGACCAAUGUCGAUCACGGCCAACCCGUCCGAGUACCGCGAACGAUUUUUGGGCAUGGUGAGACAGAUUGUCGAUGAUUCGUUUUUGCACAGCAUAAUCUCGACUUGGCAUUUUCUCUCCGAUCCGAUGCGGGCGCACCUGCCGCACCGCCGUCGCGUCCUGACAUGGCUCGGCUACGCCACAUCGGCCGGCAUAAUCUUCUGGCUCUUCUACAUUGUCGUCCGGCUGCUCGCUUUUGCACAGUUAUUUGGUAAACUGGGACCGCAUGCUGGGAUCGCAAUCACGCAGGAGCAAGUACUCGAAGCAUACAACAACAACACCGCAAAGGAGCCUGUGAUUCCGCGGAUAAUACAUCAAAUAUAUCACAAUUGGAAGGACCCAGAGAGCAAGGAGCUGCCUGGGGACUGGUCAGCUGCACGUCAAACAUGUAUUGACAGAAACCCUGGAUGGGAUGUCAAGGUUUGUGCCCCGUCGCGUCAGCAGUGUAUCCCUCGACUAACUUGUUAUCAGAUCUGGCAUUCCCAGGACUCCCUCGCAUUCAUCGCCAACGAAUACCCUUGGUUCCUCGCGACCUACGAAGGCUACAAGUAUCCGAUACAGCGGGUCGACGUCAUGCGGUACUUUCUUGUUCGCAAAUACGGCGGCAUCUACAUCGAUUUAGACAAUGGAUGCGAAGCUUCACUCGAGCCUUUCCGCAGCCUCCCAGCUUUUACUACCGAUGGUGGUCUCGGGGCGCUGAGCAACAACAUCAUCGGCGCGCAGCCGGAGCACCCCUGGACGCGUAUGCUGACGGAAAACCUCGAGGCCUACAACUGGAACUGGCUGCUGCCGUACGCCAGGGUCAUGUACAACAGCGGACAGUGGUAUUUGACGGCGAUGUGGGAACGAUACCAUGCGAGGCUUCGAGGAGGAAUCGUACCGCCAUACGCGGGCUCCGGCUGGGCAAAACUGCACCGCGUCAUGAUGGACGAGCGCGAGGGCGCCGACCGGUGGGUUUUUUGGAACCACGCAGGCCAUGGCGGGACGUGGGGAGCAGGAGACGACUGGUUCUGGGCCUGGCUGGGCCAGCACUGGAUCGAGGUUGUCGUCGAAGCCAUUACCGCUGUUGUUGCCCUCCUAACCAGCUUUGUUUGCUGUCUCAAGUGUUCGAGGCGCAGGAGACUGCGACGCAUAGUGGACAGAGCAUACAAGCCUGUAAAGUUUGAAGACGACGUAGAUGUGGAGCUGUUGGGUGGGGAGGGGAGGUAUGGUUGA